CCAACUAAACACACCCCAAGUAGGCAAGUACAAACUAACUUGUAUAUAAACCAUGAAUGAGAGCCAUUUUCUAUAUGCUACUUCAAAUUCCCUCUACCUUCCAUUCUCUCUUUUUCUUCCUCUCAUUCAAAAUGUCUAAACUCCAUAGAAUAUUAUAUUUCAUUGUCAUUCUUUUUCUCUUAAAUUGUGUUCAAACACUAAGCCAUACCAAGGGAAUUCGACCAAAGAAACCUACUUACAAGCCACUACCCUCGAAUAUGACUCGAGCCCAAUUCUCAGAGCAGCAAUUCAUGAAGUGGAUCAAGUUUGUUGGACACCUUAAACAUUCAAUUUUCAAGACAGCAAAGAACAAGCUCUUCCCUUCUUUUACACUACACGUGGCCAAGAAUCAGGCCGCCGGAGACUUCACGUCGAUUCAGGACGCCAUUGAUUCUCUUCCGUUCAUCAAUCUGGUCAGAGUGGUCAUUAAGGUCCAUGCAGGAGUUUACACGGAGAAAGUGAAUAUACCGCCAUUUAAAUCGUUUAUUACCAUAGAAGGAGCAGGAGCAGACAAAACAAUUGUUCAAUGGGGAGACACUGCUCAAACACCAGGACCAAGAGGGCAGCCCAUGGGAACCUAUGCUUCUGCAACUUUUGCUGUGAAUUCUCCUUAUUUCAUCGCCAAAAACAUUACUUUCAAGAACACUACACCGGUGCCAGCACCAGGAGCCAUUGGGAAGCAGGCAGUUGCAUUUAGAAUAUCGGCAGACACAGCUACCUUCUUGGGUUGCAAAUUCUUAGGAGCACAAGACACCUUGUAUGAUCAAUUCGGCAGGCAUUACUACAAAGAUUGUUACAUAGAAGGCUCUGUGGACUUCAUCUUCGGAAAUGGGCUCUCACUUUUUGAAGGUUGUCACGUGCACGCAGUGGCACGAUUGACCGGGGCUCUAACAGCUCAGGGAAGAAACAGCAUAAUGGAAGACACGGGGUUCUCAUUCGUGAACUGUAAGGUCACGGGCUCAGGAGCUCUCUACCUCGGGAGGGCAUGGGGUCCUUUCUCUACUGUGGUCUUUGCCUAUACAUAUAUGGACAACAUUAUCAUUCCCAAGGGCUGGUAUAAUUGGGGUGACCCUAGUCGUGAAAUGACGGUGUUUUAUGGGCAAUACAAGUGCACAGGACCAGGAGCAGGGUAUGCAGGAAGAGUAGCAUGGUCAAGAGAGCUCACUGAGGAAGAAGCCAAGCCUUUUAUUACACUUAGCUUCAUUGAUGGCUCUGAAUGGAUCAAAUUGUGAUACUAAUUCAUCAUAUACUAAUAAUAGUAGUUUAAAUAAUGAUAAUAAUAACACAAAAGCCUUUUUCUAAAAGGGAAAUUUCACAA